CCUAAAAGACUAUAUUAAACAUCAACAUUAUGAUUUAAAGUGGGAAAAGAAGUUAAAAUUUUUACAUGGCAUUGCAAAAAAUUUAGAGAAAAUUCACGAAUUAAAUUAUGUUCAUGGAGAUUUACAUAGUGGGAAUGUGCUUAUUUUUAAUGAAGAAUCGAAAAUCACAGAUUUAGGACUUGCACGAUCUGCAUACGAUAAAUCAAAUUUAAAUGCAAGUGGAGUACUUCAAUAUAUGGCCCCUGAAAUAUUAAAUAAAGAACCUUACACUACUGCAAGCGAUAUAUAUAGUUUCGGUAUUAUUAUGACAGAAAUAACAACCCGAACGAUUUCUUAUGAAAACGAAUGUCAUAUUUCACUUGCAUUAGCAACACUUGCAUUAGCAAUUUGUAAUGGGCUACGUCCAAUAGUUGCUAAAGGAACACCAAAAUGUUAUGUUGAUAAAGUUAACCAAUGUCUCGAUGCUAAUCCAGCAAAAAGACCUUCCGCAAAAGAAUUAUGUAAUAUAAUAAAUAGUUGGCAAAAUAUUUCCUUUCAGGAAUUUAAUGAGGCUGAUGUAACAACCUCACACACUCCAGAAUGUUUUCAAUGGUUUGUCUGUAAUUCUUUUAACGUUUCUCAUAGUUCAAAGCGAAGAGAUAUUACAAAUUUUACGGGAUUUCAAGUUGAAGGAAUAAUAAGGUUGAUGCAACAAUUUUUACAACACUCUAGAAUGUUAUAUUCUAAUGUUUCUCAUCGUUCAAAACGAAGAAAUAUUACAAAUUUUACGGGACUUCAAGUUGAAGAUGAAGGGGAAGAAGACAUUGAAGAUAUGAAAGAAUGGGAAAAGUUAGAAUUCUUGUGGCAAAUAAGUACACCUCAGUCGAUUUCCUUGAUCAGUAAUCAUUCAAAUGGUUGUAAAAAUGGAAAGGUUGUUGACCAUGAUGACGGCGUUCCUUCAAUUAAUCCCCCCACCGAGAGAAACGAGAAGGGUACGGAAGAGAAUGGGAAUGGCGAGAUCAAGACUGAUGAGACCUCAAAACCUUCGAUCGUAUCUAUACCUUCGGAUAAUAAUAAUGAUCGACCUUCUCUAUCGAUCCCCAAAUUAAAUAUUGAAAGGAGAAAGAGAAAAGCAUCAGAGGAUGAUGAUGAAAUCGACAUAUCCAUGCUCCUUCAUAAAACUAAAAAGCAAAAGGAUGAUGAUCUCGAAACCCCCAAAGAACAAAAAUCAUCCACGAAUGAUAAUUUAGAUUAA